CGCGUGACCCAGCAGCAGGGAUCGAAGGAAUAGGCAUCACAUCAUAUGGUUGGUGAUACAAUACUGGCUCCGAAGAGAGCUGGCAAAGCCUCAUCGCAACCAAGGUCGGAUCGGGGAUGAAAAAGCAGGUUCGGCGGUCGUUUUCAGCAUGUUGGACUUGUCGACGUCGCAGAGUGAGGUGUGAUGGAGGGCAACCGUGUACUCCUUGCACCAAGCGGAAGGUGACAUGCGAGGGCUACCAUGUUGAGCUCUCCUGGGUUGAUCCUGAGACAGGCGUCUACAAGUCCCACAGUCGCCGUACCCUGGACUUUGCAUCCACUUGGAACGGUUGGCCAAUUUAUGGGGACCACCAGUUGGAUCAUCUUCUGGACGCACCUGAUUGUGAGGCUUGCGACUGUGUUCCAGCCAAACCACGUCAUAACCCUUUUGGAACCCUCGACUUCAAGGUUGACGACAAGGUCGAGCGACUGGUGAGGAAGCCAAGGACCCCUUCACUGACCCGAGCUCUUACCAUCAACCCAAUUCGAGAUCAUUCGCACCAUGAUCAAGCCCUUUUCCACAAUUACACACAACGAAUCGCUUUUCUAAUGAUACCAGUCGACGGCGCUGUCAACCCUUGGAAGACCACCUAUCCUGUCAUUGCUCUGCAGCAGUCUUCACCUGCACACAAGAGCUUAUACCACGCCAUCUUGGCACAGUCCGCCUUUCACUUGUACAACGUACAUCCAUCUGGCUCGGACAUAAGCAAGUUCAACCGCCGCAAAGGACUCGAACAUUAUGUUAACUCCCUGACUCAAUUGCGCACCUGCCUGAACACUCCCUCCCCCGAUUAUGAAGCUUGCGUAGCGGCCCUUCUUACCAUUGCUGUUGUUGAGGGAGUCUAUGCAUCAGAGACAAAACAAUGGCGUUGCCAUUUUCAGGGCGCCAUUGGCUUUAUCACAGAUUUCAUGCAGCAGACUCCAUGGCUCGUGUCUCGAGAUGCGUGGGUGUUGUCACAGAGCUUGGUGCUCUCAUUUGAAGUCGCCCAAACUAGUCGGACAAUGAUUGAGAAUCGGCCGACUAUCAUCGACGAUCUGUGUGAGGCGGUUUCACUCCAAGCAAACUUUGGCUACACCAUCGGCGCCAGUCGCGACGUUUUAUACGCAUUGUCGACGAUUCGCAAACUUCGAAUUCAAUUGAUGAAAAAAGAGGAAAUCCAUCAGGACCAAUUCGCGACUGUUGUCGAAGAUUUGAUUCGAACCCUGUCCUCGGAGAAACUCGAUGCACUCCCAGCAUCGAUGAUCGAGGAAUGCGAUACCACCGAGCCGAGUAGCGAAAACGAGCAGAAGUCGGAGAAAGAGAAAAAGAACAACUAUCUCCAGGUACUUCAUCGUCGAAUAUUCCGCAAUGCAGCUCUCAUCUAUCUCUACCGAACGAUUUUCAACGCAGUGCCGGCGAUAAUCGAACAAUACAUUUCGAGAGCAUUGGCGGACACAGUCGAGUUUCUCGACCUGCACGGAGGGAGCGUUUCCGCAUGGCCAGUUUUCAUGGCAGCAGUUGAGGCUUGUAGCGAGACGGACCGCGCCAAUGCUACCAAAUGGCUCACUUGCUCCUGUGCGCUGGGCAUUCAAAAUCGUCACGCGAUUCGAGAGAUUGUUGAGAGUGUAUGGCGCGAGAGGGAUGAGCAGGCUAUCGCCCUGGAUACUACGCCAGACCAAGUAGAGGUGGACUGGACUCAGGUCCAACAGGCAUUGAAGAUCGACCUGCUACUGAUUUGAAGUUUGCUGGGUAGAGCAUAUUCCCUGAUGAAAAGAUCGAGAUCCAGGCUUGAUUCUUUUGGAGUUGUGAUGAAAUGUUAUGCUUAGGAGUAUUAUGGUCGGUUGGGUCAGCGGCGGUAAAUUGUUAGUGGAAGGUUCAAGUAUCGCGUUCGUGAUAAAUUAAACGGCUUUUUAUUUG